UGUCAUGAACACGUGAUUCAGAGACACCAAGAUACAAUUCCUCUGUUGCCAAGCGAUGAGGUCAGUACUGCGUGAUUCAGUUUGUACUGGUCAGACGUGGCCUGAUAGCACAUUUGUGACGAGUCAAGGCAUCUGGGAACACCAUCAACCCUGAUCUCACACAAUGUCCUCCUCCAUCUUCCUCCUGCUCCUGGCGGGUCUGGUGGCGUCUGUCAUGGCGGACUACACCGGGAAGCUGCUGCUCGUCUCCAUGGACGGCUUCCGGUACGACUACCUGGACAAGGUGGAAACCCCCAACUUUGACGACUUCGCCAGGCACGGCGUGAAGCUGCCCUACAUGAACAACAGCUUUGUGACGAAGACGUUUCCCAACCACUACACCAUGGUGACUGGCCUGCAUGAGGAGAGUCACGGGAUCACGGAGAACCACAUGUAUGACCCAGUGUUCAAUUCUACUUUCUCAAUGAGGACCCACGAGCCUCGCUGGUGGAAUGGGGGAGAACCAUUGUGGGUCACAGCCAAAAAACAGGGCCUCAAGACGGGCACCUACUACUGGCCCGGCAGUGAGGUUGAGAUUCGAGGUGUGCGCCCCGACUAUUGGUUAAACUACAGUGAUCACACCCCAUACAAGGAGCGAGUGGAUACAGUCAUUGACUGGUUCAAGACCAAAGGCGUCCAAAUGGCGACACUGUAUUAUCCGGAACCUGACCAUACUGGACACGUGUCUGGUCCAGAUUCUCCACAGAUCAUUCAAAAGGUCAAGGAAAUGGAUGGUAUCCUUGGUUACCUCGUGCAGAAAAUGAAGGACAAUGGUCUUGAAAACGAGGUGAAUCUCAUUGUAACCAGCGACCAUGGCAUGACUUCAAUCAGUAAAACAAGGUCACUUGACCUCCAGAGUUAUUUGAACAAUUCCGAUAUCGUCCGCGUACCGAGCGUCGGCCCGGUCGCUCAUAUUCAACCUGUGGCGGGACGAGAGGACGCCGUCAUGGCCCUCCUCCGCAACGUGUCCCACAUCACAGCCUUCAAGAAGGACGACAUCCCCGACCACUUCCACUACAAGAACAACAGGAGGAUCAUGCCUAUCAUCGCCAUAGCAGAUGAGGGAUGGAUGAUUUAUAACAAAGACAACGAAAAAAGUACUCUUAAAGGCACACACGGCUUCGACAACAGAUUGAUGACUAUGAAGCCUAUAUUUCUAGCUAGAGGACCCAACUUCAAGACCAACUUCAAAUCAGAUCCAAUCCAGAAUGUCGACAUCUACCCUCUCGUGUGUAAACUGCUCAACAUAGAGCCAGCGCCGAACAACGGGAGCCUGGACCGAGUCAGUGUCUUCAUUCAAGACACUCCUCCAAUAUCCGGGGCUUCGACCGGUGCAUCAAUACUGCUUUUCGAGUUUCUGCUUGCAUUCACAAUCGUCGCCAACUUUAUGUUGUAGAUAUGAAACUUUCAAGCUAUUAAUUCCCCUAGGUUUCGUCAGAGUUAAUCGUAAUAUAAAUCAUAAAUAAUGUUGAACGUUGAUACAAUCAAAACCUGAAAUUUAAGUAGAAUUCAGAUUAUUAAAACAUGAAGAUUUAUAUUUUACUUUUUGGAAAGCAUAUUCUUUAAUUGGAAAACUUGGCGCCAUCCCAUCAAAUUCCCGAUGUUCCAGCUGUGACGUCACUUCCGCUGUUCAUAUGGUUUACAACUUUUACUGUUGACACGACCUAUCCUACCUAACACAUAUUAAUGUGAGUGAACAUUAUCAUUUUUAAAAACUAAAUUGAAAGUGUUUUAUGUUUUCAAUAUCUCAAAUUGGAAUAUGUCGAUUACUAUUAAACGGGGGAAAGAAAGUAUACUCCUAUGUUUAGUUGAUAGUGAAAACAAAUCAAUUAAAAAAUAGUUAUUCGAUGGUGAAAUAUUUUAUACGGGUGUCAUAGGGGAUAUUACAUGAAUAACAUCGAUGGGUAUCUAAGGAUAGAUGUAUUGAAGUCAAAUCCAAUUUAUAAGUGUAUACUUUUUUUGCCCGGGGGUGUACAUCAUAACAUUAUUUUUGGUCAAUGAGUGCCUGCAUAUUCAGAUACAUCGAUGGAGAAAUAAUUGGUACGGGUAUCAUUGGCAAUAGUACAUGCAUCGUAUUGAUGAGUAUCUAACGAUAGAGGUAUGUUUUAGUCAAAUCCAAUUUACAAGUGUAUACUCUUUUGCCCGGUAGUGUAUAUCAUAGCACAAUAUCAUUAAAAACAGAUCUCAGUUCUUGCUACCGCUAAACAAAGAUCCCAUUACAGCGACGCUCUGAUUGGUCGGAUGGAAGGUCGUUCUGACGUGACCCGCAAUGGGAUCUCCUCAGAUCUUUGUUUUGCAGUAGCGAGAACUAAGAUCGGAUUUUUAUAAAAUUAAUCAUAGCAUUAUUUUUGGCCAAAGGGUGCCUGAAGUUUGUCCCUGAACAGGUGCUGUGACGUCAGAAACAUUAGUCACAUGAUUACUGGCCUUCAUUGUACUCAGUUAAUGAUUUGAUUCUUAUUUAAUUUAGGAGUGAAUAUAUUCAGUUGAUUGAAAUAGAAUUCAGUCGGGGCACAGGUAAAAUCCUUCAAACCCUAUCCUCCAACCCUUCAAUCCUCCAACCCUAUCCAAGAUUGUUGUAGCGACAAGUUAAAUAAUUUUAACAAAAUCAAUUAUAUCUCAUCAUUUUGGGUUGGGGAUAGGGGAUUUAGGCAAGCCAGGAGACUGCAUGUACCGCAAUAUAAAUACUUUGUUCAUGACGCGAUACGGAACCCCAUACACUAUUUUAGGAGAAAUGUGCAUACAUUUAUUUCUGAUUUAUCGAGAUAAACAAAAGCUGGUUUAUUUUCACAAUCACCUUUGGGUGUGAAAUUUUAGGACAAUAUAUGAUCAGACUGAUUUUUGUUUUUUUGGUUUGUUGUUUAACGCCGCACUCAGUAUUCCAGCUAUAUGAUGCCGGUCUGUAAACAAUCGAGUCUGGGCUACAUAAUUCUGUGACUGACAUCAUUCUAUGCCAUUCGGAGAAGCAGCAACACCAAGUCAGCGAGCCUGACCAACCGAUCCUGUUAGUCGCCUCAGUUGACUGCUGAAGACCUAUUCUAACCCGGAUCUUAACGGGCGGUCAAACUGCUUAAUAAACUUGAUGAGUAUAUAUAAUAAGUCGGCCUUAAAAGGUUACAUAUCGAUACUAAUUACAACUGUCUGAUAUUUGCACAUGCGAAUUUUGACGAUUUCAAUGCUGUGGUCAGUUGAAUUGAUUAGACGUCAUCAGUGAAAACACAAGUGACGUCAAUAAUCAAAAGCAUUACGUUAUCAGAAAAAAAUGUUUGACUUCAAUGAAGUUUCCUUGUAUAUUUUACACGUUUUUCUUAAGUGCCAUUCUUUCAAUCUUAAACCUACUUCAACCUUAAAAUUACUGAAUAAUUGUACCUCGCAAAUUACGUACGCAGUCGACCCUUGAAGAUCCGGGUUAGAAUAGGUCUUCAACAACCCAUGCUUGUUGUAACAAACGAAUAUGCUUGUCGAAAGAGGAGACUAACGGGAUCGGUGACUCGGUUGAUGCAUGUCAGCCUACCCCAAUUGCGUGUAUCGAUGCUCAUGAUGUCAAUCACUAGAUUGUCUACUCCAGACAUUUUAUUGCUGAGUGCGGCGUUAAACAACAAACAAACGUAAGGUUAAUUCAGUCGGGACGACUGAUCAAUAAUUCCUACUGAGUUGGUCAUGCUCUAAAUACACGAGUGUAUGGUAUUCCGUAUGGCUGAGGUUAAUAUCGCGGUGCAACGGUUAAUUGUUGACUCAUUUCAGUAAAUAUGAAUAAUCUACAUGUUAUCAUGGCCCCCUUAACCUCGUAAAGCCUGGGCUCCUAGUUUAUCUACCAUCAGAGUCGAAAGCGCCAGGUUAAGCUAUUCGUGUUGCUGUUCGCCAUGAAUAUUAUACUAGUAAACAUUUGCACAAUAAUCAAAGUUCAAUAUUUUGUGGAACAGUGUCAGUUGGAAUGUGCAUUAUCUGGUAGCGUUUCCACAUCACAACGGAUCUGGCAGGUUGGUGUGUUGACGGGAACCAUGGACCCCGUUCCACAAAGAGAUCUUAGUGAUCUUAUGUUAAAGUAUGGGAGUUACGAUCACCCUAGCGCCAAGAUCGCUUUGUGGAACUGGAGCUGGAAGAUAAAAGAAAACUGUUAUCGCACACGGAAAAGAAAUGUCACAACGUCAGUGCUCUCAGUAGUGAGAGUGUCCCCCGUUAGCGUUAACAACCCCUCUGACCCGUUAGCAUUAACGACCUCUCUGAUCUGUUAGCGUUAACGACCCCUCUGAUCCGUUAGCAUUAACGACCCCUCUGAUCCGUUAGCGUUAACGACCCCUCUGACCCGUUAGCAUUAACAACCCCUCUGAUCCGUUAGCAUUAACGACCCCUCUGACCCGUUAGCGUUAACUACCCUUCUGAUCCUAUAGCGUUAACGACCCCCUCUGACCCGUUAGCAUUAACGACCCUUCUGAUCCGUUAGCGUUAACAACCCCUCUGACCCGUUAGCGUUAACGACCCCUCUGAUCCGUUAGCAUUAACGACCCCUCUGAUCCGUUAGCGUUAACGACCCCUCUGAUCCGUUAGCAUUAACGACCCCUCUGACCCGUUAGCGUUAACUACCCUUCUGAUCCGAUAGCGUUAACGACCCCUCUGACCCGUUAGCAUUAACGACCCCUCUGAUCCGUUAGCGUUAACGACCCCUCUGACCCGUUAGCGUUAACGACCCCUCUGAUCCGUUAGCAUUAACGACCCCUCUGAUCCGUUAGCAUUAACGACCCCUCUGAUCCGUUAGCGUUACCGACCCCUCUGAUCCGUUAGCGUUAACUACCCUUCUGAUCCGUUAGCGUUAACGACCCCUCUGAUCCGUUAGCAUUAACGACCCCUCUGAUCUGUUAGCGUUAACGACCCCUCUGAUCCGUUAGCAUUAACGACCCCUCUGAUCCGUUAGCGUUAACUACCCUUCUGAUCCGUUAGCGUUAACGACCCCUCUGACCCGUUAGCAUUUACGACCCCUCUGACCCGUUAGCAUUAACGACCCCUCUGACCCGUUAGCAUAUCAACCUCUCUGGUACCGCGGGACAUGUUCCUGAAGAAAUUGUGCAGGUAAUGAUCCCCCACAAAAAAUGACAUGAUCACCACCACCCUAAGAAUGGAAUACGUGCUGAGCUGUCAAGUGGCAGUCCAUCACAAACACUUUGCUAUGCUAAUUUGUGGUUAUCAAGAUGGCGCUGCCUUGACGUGACCGCGUCAUGUCAAAAUAUGCUAUUCCCUUCCAGAGUUCUAGAUAAAUACCACGGUCACAGUGAUUAAAGCUGAGUAUUAUUGUCCUUGAUAAAGGUCAUCCUCGAUAGUCACGGAUACAUUAACAUAACAUACCUAUUAACUUCAGACUGGUUUCCUUAAUAAAAUAUUGUUACAAACGCCAAAA